UCUCUCUCUCUCAUCUUGGCGAAGCAAAGUAUCGAGUUCCUCAGGUAAACCCCUUGUUCUGCGUCAACUCAGCUCAGAGCUGAAUUUUCAGGUUUCUUCAUCAGGUGCUGUUUCAGUAUUCAAUUAUGGCGUAUGAAAUAAGUGAAAUGAAGAGUAAGAAACAUCGCAAUGCAAGUUCGAUAAUGAGUUCUCGGUUUAUAUUUUAUUCUGAUUUUUUUAAGUGUUGAACAUUAUUGGCAUUGCAUGUGCUUUAACCUCGGGGAUUUUCAUGAACCUGCAGAGGUUGGUAUAGGUCUAAUUGGUUUCGGCAUUUUCUUCACAUUUCUUGGCAUAGUUCUUUUCUUUGAUCGUGGUUUGCUUGCUCUGGGAAAUAUUUUUUCCUUGGCAGGGGUAGCAAUUUUGCUCGGUUGGCGUUCCACGUUGACACUCUUCACUGAUAGAGCAAACUAUAAGGGUUCUGCAUCAUUUCUUCUUGGUCUCUUUUUCAUUUUUGUGAGGUGGCCAAUAGUUGGUAUAAUACUUGAAAUAUAUGGUUGUGUUUUUCUCUUCAGUGGUUUUUGGUCAUCUAUCAAAGUGUUCCUCUACCAUAUCCCUGUCGUUGGAUGGAUUAUACAGUUCAUUUCUCCUCCUUGAUUGUCUCAGAAGGGGAUUUGACUGAUCGCUUCGUAGGAUAUGGCUAAUAAUGGGGUUCAAUUGCCUUACUAAUUUUUCCCUGACUUCUGCGUGAAUAUCGGAUGUUAAGCUAGCUGUUCUAAGGGUUUGCAUCUGGGAAAUUAACUUCCUUAGUGAGAAGUACCAUGGCAUGUUAAUGCAUACCAAAGAGAAGUUGAUACUCGGUAGACAUAAUUUGUUGCUUCAAGGCUCAUACUGUCCUUAUUUUAUGUUUUAAUGUGAACAAGAAUACAAGCUGGUUAUGCAUUCAGUUGUCUACCAGCAUGAACGCUUACUAGUGAUGACACACUGAAUUAUUGAUGGAAAAUGAGAAUGGUGUAUGUAACAUUAUAAUGAUUGGCCAGCGUGCAAGAUUAACCGUUUACCGCCCUGUCAAGACCUAGCCAGAAUAUUAAAAUUCUUAUUGUUUGUAUACGUUCUGCUUAUUAAUGAUUCGCAGGAUAUGGCUUUGU